GUACACUCAUAGAUUGCUUUAUAGCAUUUGGAGAAACAGGACAAGGGGACAUUGCACAAUGAAACAGGAAAACGGAGUCAGCCAACUGGAGAAAGAAAAUGCUAUAAUGGGCACACCCAUAAAAGUGAAGGAAGGGAAACCUAAAAAGGAUUUCACAUGGAAUCUUGUCAUGGCCUCUCUCGUUGGUGCCCUGGGAUCAUCCUUCUUAUAUGGCUACAAUUUAUCUGUUGUAAAUGCACCUGCAUCAUACAUACGCCAAUUAUACAAUGAAAGCUGGUCAUCCAGAUACAAUCAGACAAUGAGUAGCGGCUCUAUAUCUAUACUGUGGUCUGUUACUGUAUCAAUCUUUGCCAUUGGAGGUCUUGUAGGGGCUCUGAUUGUGAUACCAAUGGUGAACCGUCUAGGGAGGAAAAGAACAUUACUCCUGAACAAUCUCUUUGCAAUUGUAGCGUCCUUAUUGAUGUCGCUAGCAAACCUUGCAGGAGCUCCUGAAAUGGUCAUUAUUGGUCGUUUUAUAAUGGGACUCGAUGGAGGAAUAGCUCUCAGCACUCUCCCUAUGUAUCUUAAUGAGAUUUCACCAAAGAGAAUCCGAGGGUCGCUGGGUCAGAUCACUGCAAUACUGAUUUGUGUGGGAGUCUUCACUGGUCAAGUGUUGGGUCUGCCAGAGAUAUUUGGACAGGAGUCCAGGUGGCCCUGCUUGUUUGGAUUUAUUCUGAUCCCUUCAGUUAUACAAAUAGCCAUAUUACCGUUCUUCCCAGAAAGUCCACGAUACCUUCUACUAGAAAAACAAGACACCAAGAGAGCGGAGAAAGCUUUCCGAACAUUCCUGGGAAGAAAGGACGUUUCUCAGGAUAUAGAAGAAGUUCUAGCGGAGACAAGGAAACAGCGGAACACGCAAUUAGUGUCUGUAGUUGAACUUUUCAAGAUGCGCUCAGUGAGAUGGCAGCUCAUAACCGUUAUUAUAACAAUGGCUAGUUACCAGCUCUGCGGACUGAAUGCUAUUUGGUUUUACACAAACAGUAUAUUUACGGAAGCCGGAAUCGAGCCUCAUACAAUUCCCUACAUUACCCUGUCCACAGGUGGCAUUGAGAUAUUGGCUUCUAUUGUAUCCGGCAUGACAGUUGAAAAGCUUGGCCGGAGGAUUCUUCUGAUUGGCGGCUUUGGGCUGAUGACGGUGUUUUUCACAGUAUUGACUUUAUUGCUGACUUUCCAGGACCGCGCAUGGUGGCUCCCUUACUGCAGCAUUGUGUGUAUUCUGGGGGUAAUUGCUGCGUUUUGUAUUGGACCAGGUGGAAUUCCUUUCAUCCUGGUGGGAGAGUUUUUCCAACAGUCUCAGCGCCCCGCUGCAUUUAUGGUCGCAGGCUCAGUGAAUUGGAUCAGCAACUUUGCUGUUGGUCUUCUCUUUCCUAUAAUCCAGAAUGGUUUGGACAACUACUGCUUCCUGGUGUUUGCCGCGAUCUGCUUGGUAGGUGCCGUCUAUCUCUAUUUCAUUUUGCCUGAGACGAAAAACAAGUCUUUCAUUGAAAUUGACCAAGCAUUUGCAAAAAUAAAUAAAAUCUCUUCGGCACCGAUGGAGCCCGAGAAGUGUUCGAGCAAAGAGAAGACGGUUGAACAGUUAGAGCAAAAUGACUCUUGCGUGCCCAGCAGUGACCAAAACAAUCUGGAAAUGCAAAGAAUAAGUCAGAUGUGAAGUGCGUGGGUGCAUUAAUGUGAUUGCAAGUCCCAGAAGUCGAGAAAAGUUUGGAUGAUGAUGGUUGAUGUCCUGCAAGCAGAAUUAUAGCAAUGGCAACCAUUUUAAAUGAUGUUCUCUUAAUCCCUAGGUUUUUGUUUUUUUAAUAAAAUACAUUGCUUAUUUUA